AUGGAGGGUUGUGGUGCUGCUGUUGAUGCUGGUGCUGUGCGAAACCGCCGUGUAAGGGCGGCGGCGGGGACUAGGAGGAGGAGCCAGAAGCCGUACAAAGGCAUAAGGAUGCGCAAGUGGGGGAAGUGGGUGGCGGAAAUUAGAGAGCCUAAUAAAAGAUCAAGAAUCUGGCUGGGAUCUUACUCCACAGCUGAGGCGGCGGCCAGAGCCUAUGACACGGCGGUGUACUACCUCCGUGGCCCCACCGCCAGACUCAACUUCCCUGAUGAAAUCUCUGUCGCAGGGCCCAAAGACCUCUCCGCAGCAGCUAUACGGGCAAAGGCGGCGGAAGUCGGCGCCCGAGUUGAUGCACUCCAUACUAACAGUUUCUCUGCGGCUGGUGAAUUUGGAGAAGAGGAGCACGCAAACAAAUCCCUCAAACCUUCUUGGUUUCAAGAGAUUGUUGACCUGAACAAGAAGCCUGAGCCCGAAGAUUCAGAUGUUGAUUAUCGGUGA